CUUUGUCCCUUUCUCAUCCCUCUAAAAGGGCUUUGCGGCAAUCACCAAGCAAAUAGUCACUUCUUUCGUUCUCCUGUUCAUGGUCACUUCUUUUCUACCUCAAGUUGCUUCCUUCCGCCCGACCCUCGCUGUGUUCCAAUUGUAGUAUCUCAUCAACAAACAUCACCCAAACUUCGGCGUUUGACAUACUAUUAUUGCCCAGCAUGUCGAACGCGGUUUAUCGCUUCGAAAUGUCCCCGAACAAUCGUGCAGGCUGCCAGAACUCCAAAUGCAAACAUGAAGGUGUGAAAAUUAUGAAAGGUGAAUUUCGUUUCGGUACUCAAGUAUUCAUCCAAGAGCACUACAGCUGGCAGUGGAAGCAUUGGUAAGGACAUCGCAAUCUCUCCCCUUGAUUCCACCGCUCAUAAUGGUCAGGGGAUGUGUCACACCAGUACAGAUUGCAAACCUACAAUCUCAAGUUGGCCCAUUGGAAGAUUUGGAUCUGGACAGUGACCUUCCCUCGAUUCUUGACGGCUAUGAUGAACUGAGCGUGGAAGCUCAAGAGAAGGUCAAGGAGGCGUUGGUUCAUGGUCACGUUGCGGAUGAAGACUGGAAAGGAGAGCCUGAGCUGAAUCGUCCCGGAAUGAAAGGCAUCAACAAGCGUACCCCCAAGAAGAAGAAGGCACCAGAUGCAGACGCAGACGGUGAGGCGGGAGCUCCUGGAGACGAUCAAUCACCAACAAAGCCCAAAGCCAAGAAGGGUAGGCCGAAGAAGGUCAAGGCUGAAGCGGCCGAAGACGACGAAGAGGUUCCGGCUCCGAAAAAGACACGUGGCCGCAAACGCAAGGCAUCUGCUGAAGACGAGUUGGAUGAGCCUGUUGAGAAACCGAAGAAAUCUCGUGCCAAAAAGGUCAAGGCUGAAGAGCAAGAGUCGUUGGAUUCUGAUGUUCCACUGAACGCAGCACCAGAAAAACCAGCUAAGAAGAAGGCGGCGCGAUCUAAGAAGGUCAAGAAAGAAGAGACGCCAGAUGAGGACGAUGAUGUCCCUGUUGCACCCAUAGCCACCAAGGCUGCAAAGUCAAAGGCAAAAGCAAAAAAGGUCAAGGCCGAAGAAGAAGAAGAAGAAGGGGACGACAUGGAUGAUCUGGAGCCCGAAGAAGAGGACGCAGACGACGUACCAGAGCCGCCAAAGAAGAAGAGGGGAAGACCUGGCCGUACCAGGAAAUGAUUUUGUCAACCAAAGUUGUUGUGUACGCCGAUUUCUACUACUACCUACCUAGGUAUGUCUGCAGUGUCGAAGGUGGCAGGGGUUUGUGACGAGCUAGCUACAAAGGUGCUCCGUGAGAUGCAAGCUGGCCCCCAUCAGACUGAUAAGAAGCCAAAAUUCAGUGGACUGAGAGAGUGUGUUUUUAUAGGCUUGAGAUUCCCUGUACUAUUAGUGUUUUCUACGUGCGUGGUGCCUCUUCAUAGAAGUGGUCGAGGCGACUCAUACUUUCUACUGCCAUCAAAAGGUACA